AUGGUAAACCGGCUUACUUCGUUUUACUUAGCUCUCCCGCGGGCCGCCAGCACAGCAUGGGCCUCUUUCGCAAUCCAGAUACUAUUUUCUAGCUUUGCCGCGGCCCGCCAGGCAUCGACUUCCGAGCGCCUCGCGCCGCGUCGCGCUCGCUGGCGGUUGCGCUCGCUGGUCGAUGCCUCGGUGCGCCGCGGUUUCUCAAUUAUUGCCGAACAGCCAUUGGCUGGGUAUCUCAAGGCAUAA